AUGAUAUUACACGUUGGCAAGUUAUUAAACAAAGCUGGUGAGCCGGUGGAAACGUGUGCCUCUCAGUCUAAUGAGGUAGCCUCCGAGGUUGCUGCAAAUGUUAAGAGGAAAAGAGAUCCCAUGGAAAAGAUGAGCUAUAUUUUGGAACUGCAUAAGAAGUUAAAGGGCUGCCUCGAGCGUACUACAGAAAAGAUUGCCUUGAAAGAGAAGCAAAAUGCUGUGAGGAAACAGGAGAUUCUUGAGCUGCAAGAGAAGGUUCUUGAGCUUGAAACGGCGAAUGAGAAGGAGGAAAAUGAGAUAGCGGAGCUGAAGGAAAUGGAGCAGAAAAGGAUAGCGAAGCUAGAGUCUUAUAAAAUGAAAAUUCGCAAGUGUGCGGAUGAGAUUAUGAUAGCUCUAUGA